GCAAGGAUGCAGAAUGAGUCAAGGCGGACCGAGGAUGUGAGGAUAGCUUGAGGCAUGCGGAGGCACACGAUCAGGCAGAGAAAAAAACAAUCGUCCCAGCGUUUCAGGCAGCCAUCGCGUAAGAUCUAUCGCUGCCGUGCGCUUAAUGCAAUCCCGUUCCGUGGUUUCAGCAUUGUCAGACCUUGGAGUCAGGGCUCGGCUGGAAUCGUGCCCAUGCGUUCCUGUGCGUGCCAAAGACCCCCUGUUCCUCCAUACCUGCCACGCUGCCAACGUCGACGAACGACGUGAGAGUGAGACAUCUCGCAUGCUCGCAGGACGAUACCGACGACCCUCAUCUCGCUGCACGGGAUCUCGCUGUGUGACACUGUCACCGAACCUCGUCGAAGCCUGUUUCGGAAGGGGCCUGGCUGCCGGCAACGGGUCCGCUAGCCAAAACUCUGUUGCCCCGCGGCCACCACACUCUGGCAAUGGUAUCCACCCAUCGUACCACCCAUCGAGGUUCCCGAACACGCGAGGUACCAGCCCCACCGUAUGCCGGCAGGUCAGCCGCCACGGGAAUCCGCAACCGAGGAACGUUAUGGCGAAGGGAGGGCCGGCUGUCUGGUACGGUGGGAUGUUUCGCGCGCCGAUGUGCGCGCGCUAUAUUCCCUCUCGUCACGAGAUCUCGCAGCGUCAUGUAAUACCGCUGCGUGGCCAUGUGGUUUUGCGGUAGACACUGGAUUCUCUCGUUAGAAGUGUUCCUAUGCCAUCAUCCGCCCGAUGUCCGCUGCAUCUCGGCCUGUGAUGGCUGUGAUCUCCGCUUCAUACGCUGUAGCCGA